CGUCAUUGUUGGAGAUCCUGGCCAAGAGUGAAAGACCCUGAAAUUCCGUGAAUGGUCUGAUGAUAAGAUAAGUUGAUAUAUGUGGCUGUGUCCAUUUCUGUUAUCGUUUUGAUCUUCAAUUCUUCGGCUUGCGCCUUUAAUUUGUGAAUGCGCUAGCAACCGCGAUAUACCCUUCUGCUCUGUAUUUUGUCACUCACGUUACUUCUUUGCCGAUGUUACGCUCUGCCUCGGUUUUUCCUCUGAUCGAUAGUGUCACAAGCACAAAGUAAAGCAAGAAAGGCCAAAUACAGCUUCGGCUGGCACAAAUCUGCCCACCAUGGCAAUCAUGGAACGCAUCCUAAUCUUCACCAUCAACAUCUGCUGCCCACCCCUCUCGGUACUUCUCGUCGCCGGCCCAGGCAUGGACUGCCUCAUCAACACGCUCUUCUUCAUUGCUGGCGUGAUCCCGGGCCACAUCCACGGCUUCUACGUAACGUGCACGUAUUUCCACCGGAAACACAAAGUUAAGAAGGGGAGGUAUCCGGGAGGUAGGAAGACGGGUAUUUAUAGCGAGGAGGUGUGGAAUGGGGGUGCGACGAGAAGGCAUGUGGAUCAGUUGUGGAGGGAGGAGAAGAGGGUGGCGGAGGAGAAGGAGAUGAUGAGGGUCAGGAGGAAGGAGGGAAAGAGGGGUAGUGGGUUGGGUAUGGGAAUGGGUAGGUCGAGAGGAAGUGAGAUGGUUGUGGAGGAAAGUAUGGUUGCGAGUACGAGUGGAGGAAAGAAGUGGUGGAGGCCUUAGUGUCAAUUACUGUAACGAUGAGAGGCUUUCAAUGUCAAUAAUCUCAGAUCAACA